UCUAACCUCACAAAACCCGAAACCUGUCAAUUUACGAGUUUCAUAAUGUUAAUUUUUACGAUGUAAUUGUUUCCUCGCGAGUAAUUCGAGAACAACAGCAAUAUCAAAAAUGGAUUGGGUGAUAUCGGACGAAUUAUCUUUGACGGUCGGCCACGUAGUGGGAUGGGUGAGUGCGGCAGCCAUGAUAAUCGGGGGCGUAAUCCCGUAUAUACCGCAAUAUCGUCAGAUAAAGAGAACGAAAGACGCCGACGGAUUCUCGUUGUUGGUAUGCUUGGCCUUGCUGGUAGCGAACACGCUGCGAAUAAUUUUCUGGUUUGGCAGGCACUUCGAAUACCCGCUUCUAGUCCAAAGUCUCAUUAUGAACGUCACGAUGUUUGUCAUGGUUCAUUUGUGCGUCACGAUCAGAAACAGGAAACAAUUGAUCCAGGCACGGAAGAGAAUUUUUACCGAUUUCGAUGCGAAACAUUUCUGGAACUGGUCCGACUUCCAGUCCUACCUCGAUUGUAUGUUGUUGUUCACGAUCGCUUCCUCGUUGCUGAUGUACCUAUUCAUAGACUACAUGGUUUUUGUGGAAAUCGUGGGGUUCCUCGCCGUGUUCACGGAGGCGAUGCUCGGCGCUCCUCAGCUCGUAAAAAAUUAUCGAAAUAAGUCGACGGAAGGCAUGAGCAUAAGCAUGGUCGUUUUGUGGACGUGCGGCGACAUUUUCAAGACGUCGUACUUCCUGUUGAGGGACGCUCCCGUACAGUUCUGGGUGUGCGGAUCCCUCCAGGUCACCAUCGACCUGUUGAUCCUCUUGCAAGUCUACAUUUACAAGACCAAUUCCGAUCCGAACCGCACCGGGGCCCAUAGGAUCGAUUGAGUGGUCAUUGUGUGGAAGCGGGACGCGGAAGAAGCCCCGAAAAGUGACGCGACGAAUGAAAAUUGUGAUACGAUCAAAGACGCCCAAUCGGACGGGUUCUCUCUGAGCAACGGCAAUUGUUACGAUCAAUCGUUGAAGGGUUUCAGUGAUACUAGUGAUAAUUUCGUCAAGGACGAACGCGAUUUCGUGGUGAACGCCGAGAUUCACAACGACGGGGUGACGACGUCGAGCGACGACUCCACCACCGACAGUAUUAACAAAGUCGUCUACAACGUAGAUUAUCUGUAUAAAAAUAUGAACGGGGGCUGUCUCACCGACACGAUGUUAAGUAGCGACAAAAAGAAUCUCACUUACAACGUUAACUACAAGAAGCCGGCGAAGGUGCGCAUGCUGAUUCACCGGCAUACCUUAUGACAUGUGCCCUUGACGGAAGCUGUUUUUGCGAUAUGGUAAUCGGAAAUGUGGACGUUUUUUUCGGGUCGAUCAGACGUCGUUAGUUGUGACGUCAUAAUUUGUGGUUAGGUUUUCACCAUAUCCAAUAUCUAUCAUUUCGCAUUCGUGCCUAUCCGAGCAUUUUAGAAGUGUUUUUAAAUUGACAACAGUGGUACGCCCAUUUUUCAUUAGUUGCGGUAAUUUAAAGUAACCUUCCAAUUACUAUUUUUGAUUUUAAUGGGUAUGCGGAGGGCUAGAGGCCUAUUGUUUAGUAAAGGGUACGUUGACGUCAUUGUUGUGUUUCUUCAUGUUUGCAAAUCACAGGCCAUUCCUCGACAGUAACUUCUGAAAAUUGUUGCCUUGCAAGAUGUUUCACAUAUUGCACAUAUAUAAUCCCUUUUUUACAUGCAUGUUUGGAUUUUCGAGGCAAUAACUGUUUCUCCGCCCAUGUCAUAAAAUUUUUAUUGUUCACUUCAUCGUGAUAUCCCCCAUUGCCAAAUUUAUUGAAAUAUUAACAUUUUUUAAAUAUUUUUUCAACCUAUUCAACGUCGACUGAGGGUUAUCAAAGUAUGUACCUAUUUUUUUUACAUAUAUCCUAAUAACCCCCUAUUAGUUGGGUAGCUUUAUUCUAAGUAUGGGCCCACAUUAUGGUAAAUAAAAUUUUAUAAUAGAGAUGGAAUAUUCCUUGAACCACGUGAAAAUACAUUGUUAUUGUUAUUUACUGGAACCAGUAUCAGACCAAAUUUGCGAUUUUAAUAAUUUUUCGUUAGUGUUGGCAAUUUUUUCCAGCUUUCUGCUAAAUAUUUAAAAAAAGGUAUAUUUUUCUUACCUGAUCGAAAAACCCACAAUCCACUAGUUGUAAAUACAUUUUCGCCACGUCUCUUCGAUGUCAUCAAAGCAUGCUUCUUGGGAUGUAGAUGCUUGUGACUCAAUUUCAAGCUAGAUCACCUUUAUUACAAACAGAGACUGCUUUUUCUAAAGAUGUAAAUUCAUACUUCCACAAAAUGAAAGUUACGCAAGCUGCAGGACUCGGUUCCACCGUUCUUAUACAAUUAUGUAACAAAGUCAAUUUAAAAACACAAAAUAAAUGUUUAUAUCCGGUUUUUGGGUUUUGUGCAUUUGCUUCUAUAUCUGGAUCUUUUGGAAAUCGAUAAAACAAGCACAAAACAUUAUUUUAUAACUUGAUAAAAUCCGAAUAUAUUAGAUAACUGUUUACUAAAAUUAUAUACGCUUAUUAUUUUCUAGUUUGCGUUAAACUGAAUAUGUUUUAACGCAGAAGUUCGGCGUUUUUAAAGUAUACCGCGAUAAGAAAACAUUAAUUAUACGUAAAACACCGUUUGUUUAGCAACAGCGCCUAACCUAACCCCAAAUUACAUCGUUAGCACUCGUGACGCGUGUCGAAAGACGUGUACCGGUUUUUCUACCUCACGCAUUGAGAGUUCGAGCCGCGUUUUCGUUUAAAAACUAUCGAAAACUACAGGUGUCGGAAGUACUCGCCUCAAUAAUGUCACUUUCAUGCGUAAUUCUUCACGCGACGAAAGAUUUAUUUGAACAUUUUCAAUAUAAAACCGAAACGCCAAAAGUCGUCAGGUGGCGCUGCGGCGUUUCUGCCAUGACCACGAGCGCGUGAACGCGAUAACUAACCAAUAUAAUAUAGUUGUCUAUGAACGUGAUCUCGGUCAAGCGAUCCAGUGUGAAGUAAUAUUUUUAGGCCCGAAUUUUCGAGAAUACAUAUCCUUCGUCUUGUUCCCUUGUCGUUAGAUCGUCGAUGACUAAUUUCCGUUUCACUUCGUGACGUUUAUAGCGCCUGGCGGUCGAUAAACCACCGUGAAAGUUAAUAGUUAUAGUGCCUUAACACGGAUUCGGGACUGAAGUAAAUAAAUUAGUAAAAUAUUUUGGCAUAUUAAAUUUCCGUGGUAUAUAGACCAAACAACCGAACCAAAAACCCUUGCCGUAACAAAUCUGACGAACUGUAUCCGCAGACGCAGCUUCUUAGUAAAACUGAGGGGCACUUGCAACUUCCACAUUGAGUUACCAAUGAACAAAAUUCGCUUCCGCGCUCUCUUCCCCCGCGUCCUAUCACAGAGCGUUCCGAGUCUUUUGGCAAAAAAUUUCCAGAUUUAUAGUUACCAGCCGAAAGGAAAGACUUGUUUCUCGUAGCGCUUUAGAUUAUACUUUUGAUGAUCAAAUUGCUUCUCUCGAAAGGUGCGAAUAAUUUUAACUGUGACUACUCAUACCUGGUAGCUUUAGUAUUAGCAUUUAGAUAAUAGAAUUAUUGUGGGAUAUUCCAAUACGAUCUUUUCGCAUCUCUGUGAUUGACGGAGACGAUACGGUGUGGUGAGAGCUUGCAGUGAGAAAUACCUAGGCUAGAUUUGUCGUACUCAAACGUUCAGAGAAUAGAAUGUAAUGUGAUAAUUUUUAUUAGCUGCUUAGCUGGCGAGGCAUCGCACCAUGUGAACAUUGGUUACCUUUAUGCAAGGUAAUAUGAAUUAAUAGUAAAUUAUUGGCAUUUUCUGGACCAUUCGCGUAAGUAAUUAAUAACGUACUUACGGAAUUAUUUUCUAUAUAAACAUUUCGGGAAAUGUCCUAUUGAUUGUGAUCAUGCUUGUGGGUACGUAAUAAUCUCGACUGUAGUUAGUGAAAAGCAUUUUUUUUAGGUUCUCGAAUGAUAAUUGCUGUACAUAAAUUUCUCCUAUUAAAAGCAUUCUAGUUUAAACGGUAACAAAUAAAUGCUCAUCUGCAUUUUUGUAUAUGUUAUUUCGACAAUACAUAAAUUCUUU